UACACGAAGAUGGUGCUCAUCAAGGAAUACCGUGUUGUUUUACCAUGCACAGUUGAAGAGUACCAAGUGGGGCAGCUGUACUCGGUAGCAGAGGCCAGUAAGAAUGAGACCGGCGGCGGGGAGGGCAUCGAGGUGCUCAAGAACGAGCCCUACGAGAAGGACGGAGAGAAGGGCCAGUACACGCACAAAAUCUACCACCUGAAAAGUAAAGUCCCGGCCUUCGUGAAAAUGAUCGCUCCAGAAGGGUCUCUCGUCUUCCACGAGAAGGCCUGGAAUGCGUACCCUUACUGUCGGACCAUUGUAACGAAUGAAUACAUGAAAGAUGACUUCUUCAUCAAAAUUGAGACCUGGCAUAAGCCUGAUCUCGGAACAGUUGAAAAUGUCCAUAAACUCGACAACUCCACAUGGAAGUCGGUGGAGGUGGUGCCUAUUGACAUCGCCGACAGAGAACAAGUGGCCCCCGGAGACUACAAGGAAGAUGAGGACCCAGCGAUGUUCAAGUCAGCCAAGACUAACCGCGGCCCGCUGGGGCCCAACUGGAAGAAGGAGCUGGUCAACAAGACAGACUGCCCCCGCAUGUGCGCUUACAAACUGGUCACGGUCAAGUUCAAGUGGUGGGGCCUGCAGAGCAAAGUGGAGAGCUUCAUUCACAGACAAGAGAAGCGGAUCUUCACCAACUUCCACCGCCAGCUCUUCUGCUGGAUUGAUAAGUGGGUGGAGCUGACCAUGGAGGACAUCAGGAGAAUGGAGGCAGAGACGCAGAAAGAGCUGGAGGAGCUUCGCAGGAAAGGUCAAGUGCGAGGAACCAGCGCCGCCGACGAAUGAGACCCAACAUUUCCCCACGACUGCGACCAUGAUACGAAAACCGCCUACAAGAUCUCCCCCAAAAAAACCCGACCUAUCCCAGAGCUCCCGACGCCCUCCCACCCAAUCAAGACGGAGAGGGACGGGGCUCGUCACUGUCGAUCAUUAGAACAGAUCCCCGACAAUUGACCCAAUCACUACCAACCUCUUGUUGACAGAAUAAUCAGUGCUGUUGAGGAGGACACAGAAUGGUUCUCUUACCCAGCGGCCUGCAUUAGAACAUUAGAACUGCCUUCUCUUCUCCUCUCUCCCCCCUCCCCCCUGUCCAGUCCAGUCCAGUCCAGUCCUCACUUCAUUCCAGAGGCAGAUCGCAGGCUGACCGUAAGGAAAAGGAAGACAACCAAAAAACGAAACAAAAAAAAAACGAUUGUCUCCCUAGCACAGACAUCUCCCAAUUGGCGCGGCUUUUCCUUUUGGUUUAUAUCAGAUUGAGCCCUCUGAAAAGCUUAAUCCAAACUUCAGCUUGCUGCUGUCACUACCCCCCCCCCCCCCCCCCCCCCCGCCCCAAUUAUAUAUUAAUUUGUUUGUUCUUGUUCAUUCCGCUAGGGGCAAGUCCUUGCUCUUUUCAUGUCUGUGUCGUCUUUCUCUCCUCCGUACCCUGUUUUUUUUUUUUUUUUUUUUUUUUUUAGUAUUAUUUUAUUUUAUUUUUUCGCCAGAGGUGACGUGCAAACUGUCUUUUUUCUGGGCAGGGUAGAACUUGUGGGGCGUCGGGUGUUUCCCCCCUCUCCCCCUCGCGUCCCUGCUCUCGUGUCCUCUCCUGCCUCAGCAUUCAUUAAGAGAUUACCGUCUCACCACACACACACACACACACACACACACACACUCACUCACUCACACACUCCCAGGUGUGAAAGCUUAUGCAGUGACUGGUCUCCGCUACAUCCUGGAUGGGCAGAUCUCUACAGGUAUCUAGUUUGUUAAUGCCUUACUUUGUUUAUGUAGGUCUCAGCCUCCAAACAUGCACACACUCACACAGGUGCCUCUAGGUGUUGUGCUUAUGAUGGUUUUGCACUGCAAGUGCAGCUGUUGCUCUAGAUUUCUCCAAAAAAACAAAACAGUUAGAGAAGCAUGUGCCUCUCUCAGUUGUGAUUUAACACACCGCAACAGAGUCAUUCAUGUUGCCAGACUCCAGUGCCUUGCCGGGCUGAAUUUAGCAGUGAAUGUAAACCUCUCUAUGUGGCACAUCCUCUGACAUAUGCACAUCAACACCAUUUCAGGGUUGCCCCAACAACAACAACAAUAACAACAAUAACCAUGACGACAACAACAACAACAACACCCUGCACUUGCACAUACGUUCAGUGAAUAGAUGCCCUUAAAACGUAACAUCUACAAUCAUGGGAAGAUGCAAUAGGCUCAUGGGCCUCAACUAGUUAAACAAGUGUUUCCCACAGAGGCCUCGACUUGUGAUUUGGCACUAAGAGGACCCCCCCUUUGGACUGGGCUUGCGAUGGUCUCCCAUGCUUUAAACCUUUCACUAAGCCAUGCUGCCUUAGAUACCUCUUAUGACUCUAUGUAUUUUUUUUUUUUUUCUUCUUCCUCUGUCUCAUGUUGGGAUUUCAGCUCUCCGACAAAAAUUGUGAGCGUAUGCGUAAAUGUAUGACUCGAGGUAACCGUACGACUUCACCUCUGCCCGUGCCACCAAGUUGACCUUUCACCCCCACCCCCCCCUGCAUUUAUCACUGCACCAAGUUGGCCUUUUCUCGCACUUAACCAUACGACUUGGCAUGCCCUGCGUGUCUAUUUUACCCCUUAAGAAAAGAAAUCUCUGGAAUGGCCAGACGAAUUCUGAGGAAAAUGUGUUCAAUACAUGAAUGGAACGCGUUGGGAUUAUGGUCCCGUUUGCUCUUGGUUGGCUCGCCAACUCUCGGCCUUUCACUAGUGUUCCUUCACUUUGCUGCUCCUCAGGGUCUACGCGACACCACCAUCAUCAGCACUGCAGCAGGCGUUCAACCUUUUUCGUUAGCUCGUCACUAGAACCACAAAGUCCUUCAGUUCUUUUUUACUUGCCGUUAAAAGCACCCUCAAGUGGUAGCUUCUUUUCAAUAUUGCAAUCAUUUAAGGUUUGUCUGACUCCCUAUCUUCUAUUGACCCAUAUAAUGUCACCCGUAGCCAUCGAGAAUACCAUCCCAUCCCUGUCUCGGCCAAACCUCCAACCCCAUAGUGGGCUUCAAUCACCAGGGAUUUCUCCGAGUUUACAUUCUUAUUUCAGUUGUUCCGACUCCUUAUCGUGCUGAAGGAUCUCAUCUGGAUUAGCAUGUCCUCUGUACUUCAUUCUGCGGAGGUCUUGUGGAUGGCGUAACCCUCAUACCCCUCGUCUUGUGUCGGAAACGGUCAAGUUUUGGGGUGCACUGUAAACCCGUUGACACAGGCCACAGUGGCCUCUGCACUGCUGGAACGUGUUUCUAAACUAACGGAUUCCCAAUUUGAUUCCCAAUCUUGUUGGGACACACUGGCGACUGACCACCUUAACUCUCCAUAGUGGACAUUUAUAAGCCUGAACCGGAGGGCUUGCAGUUGACAUGCUACUCGGUUGCCCGGUUUUCCAAGGAGUCUGGAAAUAUGGUUUACAAACAAAACAAAGUCAGUAGUACUGAAGUGACCGGUGCCUCUGGAAUCCUGUUUGUAGUCUUAUAUGGUAUAUCCUAUGAUCUGUGUAAUCACGGUUUAAUUGCCUUGUUUUGAAAUCGAUUAACUGUAUCUCGCACACGACAACAAAAAAAAUGAAUUGUACGCCUUUUUAAUUGUCAUUUUUUCUGAUCAUGAUGAAAUUCAGGGGAUGUGUUAGUGAAUGUAUGAUAUUGUGCUACUUUUGUUUGACCGUUUGUGUGUCUGUCUGAUUGUGUGGUUUGCAGGUUUUUUCCUGCAAAAAAAAAAAAAAAAAACUAUUUGGCAAUUGAACUCAUGUCCAAUAAAUUUAAACAAA